CACACCCUGUUCUCCACCGAUAACCAGGAAGCUAAGGACCUUGGUGGGACAAGGCAAGAAGAGUCUGGUGUUACAGGUGGGUUAAGUCACACAUGAGGGAAGUAAAAUGUAGAGUUCUGAGGUGGUUUGUACAGACGCAGCAUCUGUGGAUGGAUUCUGCGCUCGCUGAAAGCAAGUUCAGAGGAGUCAUGGCAGACUGCAGCUGUCUCCGGUUUUAAUCAGUACCAGUUACAGAAUGAUUUACGUGGCCCACACAGCUCACUGGCAGUUCCUGGGACUAAUAACCGGGUUUGUGGCAUGGAUCCUCACCAUGGCAACAGCUGGCAUCAACGAGUGGCGGCUCUGGUAUGUGGCUGAUGUGUCUGUCAUCACCUCAGGCGUAGCCUGGGUGGGCAUCUGGCGAGCGUGUUUCUACAGCCACGUCCUUCCUAGGACAGAGAACUGUCAGAGCAUCAGCAUCUUGGACACUUUUGUUCCAGCGGAGAUUCAUCUAGCUCAGGUGUUGAUGAUGCUGGCGGUAAUCUCUGGCCUUGUGGGGAAUGUCAGCGCUGCAGUGGCCAUGAGGAUGGCCUACUUCUCCGUGGAAAACCGUAGCAACAUUAGGAUGGUUUUUGUGAUGACAGGAGUCCUUUAUUUGCUCACCGCAACAAUUUCUUUGGUUCCUCUGGUGUGGAACAUGACCUCUGUUCUGAACAACAGCACCAUAGACUUCCCCCCUGAGUUCUACCUCCCUGUUGCUCCUGUCAGGCAGAGCGUGGGUUCAGCCAUUGGAAUGGGAAUCUUUGCCUCCAUCCUAAUGCUCAUCAGUGGCCUCCUGUUUCUCUGCUACCGGUACGUGAGGCAGGCUCCAGAGCAACGCCGGGACCCACUCAGCGGACCCUGGACAGUGACAACACUCACAAAGAACUCUGAGCCGUCCAGAGAUGGCAGCACGGGGAUGGACAACUAUGCAUUCCACAGUGGAGAGGGCUCGUGAUUUUCUCAUUUUCAUAUUUCCAAAAGACGAUAAAACUGAAUGAAGGCAGGUGUUUGAACCAGCUUUACACACACAGUUUUUUAUACGUUAAUCAAAACUCCUGCAAAUAUACAGAAAAUAUUGAUUAACUGUGAGAAAUAUAAUCUAAAUUUUUAUAUUAUUUUAAAAAAGAAAAAACAUUUUAAAUAUCUAAAUAUGAGCGUAAAUACCAACCUUUACAUCAGAUAUUGUAGCUAAAUUAAACAGAUGUUUUAGGUAGGAUUCUGGUUAUUUGAGGUCGUUCAUACUGCCGUGCUACACCGACUACAGGCUGACACCUGGGAGAGCUGUUUAGUUCAUUGUGAUUUGUUGUUAACAGUGAAUAAACUUCUUGAAUAAUAA